CAUAAGGACUUUCGUGCUUUUUAUUGUCUUUUGCUUUUAUAUUUCUAUCCUAGUUGCUGUUGUUUGCUGUAAGUGAGAUACAGGUUGAUCGUUUGAAGAGUUGGGGAUCUAGUGAUAUUUUUGUUUUGUUCUUGUUUGGAGAGUGCUACUAGAGCUUCAAACUUCGUCUUUUAAGAAUAGUUAUAGUACCUAGUAAGUUGAUACAUUCGAUGGAAGUGUGUUCUUUGGUUAAUGACAAGAUCGAGAACUGCAUAAGUAGUCUUGAAGGUACUUUUAGUGAGUCGUUACAUAUUCGAGAUGCUGAAAAAUCGGAGUAUGCGUCUGAGGGGCAUGAGAUAUGCAAUGUAGCAGAGGAAAUCUUAUGCGAGGUUAUUAAACCGAACAAAGCAAAACUUAACACUGUGUGUUUGAAAAAAUCGGCAACCUUUCCAAUUCCUUGUGAAGAGGAGGCAGCAUCUGUUACAGAAUCAUCUUCUGAGCAUUUUGCUCAUCAAACUUACUCUCGUUCGAUAUCUUUGCCUGCCCCUUCGGAACUUAAAUCUGCCAUGAAAGGCAGUCGUGAUAAAAACGGAGAAGGACAUGUGAAGUUGACAGUGAAAUGGGCGGCUGAUGUGUAUGAUCCGAUACCUUCAUUAGUGUCACAUACUGUCAAAAACAAGAAACAGCCGAAAUCCAGGAAGAAGAAGAAUGAAAAGAAAAAUAUGAAGAAAGGUAACAAGGGAAAUUCAGCCCGAGGGGGCAAUGGCAAAGAUAAGAAACAGUCUCGCAACGUUGGCGAACAAUCUGAUCAGUGCUAUCAGUCAUCGGAUUCUCAAGUUAUUGAUGGUUCUUCUGAUUUUGACACUCAUGAUGUUUGUAGCCAAGAUUCAAACUGCGGAGCUAGUUUCUUGAAAAAAUCAGUUACAGAAAUGCAUUACUCGGUUGCGGAAGCACAAUGAGUAAACUAUCUAGAAUGCUUUAUGCUAUCUAUUUCCUUCUAUGUGCAUAAAUAAAAAUAUGUCUGUUAGCUUGUAUAUAUGAUGAAUAGACUUGGGAUUGUAUGGUGUGAGAUUUUUGUAUGCUUCUAAGACAGUUUGAAACUGUCUUCUACAUAUCAGCUUGAUGUUCGGGAACACAUUUUUGUUUGUAAUAUGGAACAAGCUUUGUGAGGCUUUUGUAGUUUUCAUGCAUUUCUGGUUUAUAUAAUGAAAGUUUGGAGAUAACAAGUGAAA